AACAAAUCUCAAAUUAGGGCCUGAUGCGAGGCACCUGUGGCUUCUCUCUCUGGUGUUUAUGUUUUCUCUAUAUCUGUCAGGAAGUUAGCCCUCGUCGCUGAGGCCUCCCACACUUACAGUAUGCGGGUAAAGCUACUGGGCCCAGAGUGUAGACUGCACCAUCUUGUAUAGGAGCUCAGGGAGAAAAGAAGAUUUCCAAGCAGCAGAAGAAGAAAAGAAGCGAAAGCAUGUCCAACGCUCUGGUGAGGAGAAACUCCAGCAAACAGGGUUUACAAAACCUGAUGAGGCUGACGGCCCAGAGGAGCAUCGAGGAUGCCGAGGAGGUGGAGAGGGAGCGUCGUCGGAGAGCUCGAGAGUCUUUACGCCGGAGGAACAGCGGCUCAGCACCCGGAGAGUCAUCACUGGACGGCGAGAUGCCGCCAGAGGAGAACACGUAUGGCAGCAGCCUGAAGCCAAAUAGUUCUCAUUCUCUAGAGGAGGACGAAGGCUUCAGUGACUGGACCCAACGCAGAGAGAGGCGAAGGCAGCAGCGCCUGCAGGAGCUCAGCCAGGGAGGAUAUGAAGACGAGUACGAAGAGGAAGACACGAUAAAAAAAGCUGUGCCCAUAAAGAGCACGAAGGCCUCCAUCACUUCUCUCCAACUCCAGAGGCAGGAGCAGGAAGACAGAGACAGGGUGGAGAUGGAGAGGAGGAAGGAGCAUGAAGAAGAAAUGAUUCGAGCUGAGAGAGCAAGGAGGGAGAAAGAGAGGGAGGAGGAACUAAGAAAGAAGGAUGAACUGAUCUCGAGGCCACAUCCAGAGCUGGAGAAAAGAAAAGAAGUCAAAAUCUCCUACACAUCCAAGGUUUUUCUUCACCAAGAGCCAAAACACAGCAACUCAAACGGCAACGCAGCCAAUGAGGAAGUGACAUCAUUUAUCACCAAAACAAAGAGAUCCACCAUUAGUGCUGUGUGUAGCAGAGCUGCUGAACCAGAGGAGUCGGAGGCCAUCCUGGAGACAGAGCAACGUCUGGAGAAGAUCCGGCGGAGCCUCCAAGAGAAGGAGAGCCAGGAGAUGGAGCAACUGAGACAACGACAGGCUGAGGCUGAGCAAGAGCUGGAGGAGCUGAAGAGAAGGAGGGAGGAUAGACGGCAGGUCCGACAGGAAGAGGAACGUCGGAGGGAGGAGGAGGAGCUGCAGCGGCUGGCCAAAGAAGAGGAGGAGAGAAGACGCAUGAAGGAAGAAAUCGAGAGGAGGAGGAUGGAGGCAGCAGAGAGGAUGAAGAACCUGAGUACGUCCAGUGUCGAUGAAGACGAGAUGUUCAGUCCCUUCAGCCCAAAAGUUUCCACACAGAAGAUCACAGAGAGAACAGAGUCCCUGAACCGCUCACUGAAGAAAAGUAACAGCUUCAAGAAGACGCAGCCUCUCCUCCUGACAUCCAAGAUCGACGACAAGCUGGAGCAGUACGCCCACGCUGUGGAGAACUCCCAGGAGGCUCGGGCAGUGAAGGCAUCACUGAAUGACCUGCCCCAAUCACCUGAGGUUGUCGCUUCCAAGAAGAACCUGUUUGAGGCUGGAGAGGCCUGGAGCCAGAGUCCCAGCAAGGGAGCCACCUGCAAGGACACUGAGGGUCUGAAGGUGGGCGUGGCCAAUCUGAUCAAUCAGUGGGUGAAAGGCCCCUCAGACGGCAGCAGACAGCUGAGCAGCAGACCCGCUGAUCUGAGACCCGGAGAUGUGAUGCAGAAGAAGAACAUGUGGGAGGUCAUCGGAGACUCGUUGGGGAGGCCCGGACAAAACAUGAAGAGCUCAGCGGCUAAUAAAAAGUACAAAUUUGUCGUCACUGGACACGGCAAAUAUGAGAAGAUUCCUGUGGACGACGAGAACGAAGGGACGUUCACCAAUGGAAAGUCGGAUUUAUGUCACAGUGAUUACUGAAAUGGCGCUGCUCUUCAAGUGGUUUCCAUCUUGAUCUCACAACAAUGUGCUGGUGAUACAGACAUCUAACACAAGUAACCAGAACCAGAAAAACUUUGUUAAUACCUACAGAGAAACUGCUAAAUAGAGGUUUCUCAAGAUUGUGGAGGUUGUACAAUUAUACAAGAAAGCAUCAGCUCAAGCCCAAAACCAUUUGAUCAUUUAAUGUUUAUAUUUAACCGAUUUUCUCUUUCUUUCCAUGUUUUCUUGCAUUGCAUUUCUAGUAUUGUGUAUAUAUCUGACUGUAAACUUUGCUAUUUGUUUUUCUUCUCCUCUGCAGUUUUUGGUAAAUCAUAAUUCAAGUCUAGUUGAUCACUGAAUGGUGAUGUUUUGUGAAAUAUUAAAUGUAUGGGGGAGGGGUCCUAUAGAAAUCAUCUACAUUUUAGAAAUUGCAUAGAAGUGUUGGUUCACCCUUUGACGUGUUACAUGUUCUGAACUUAAACCUUUGCUAAAGAACAAUCUUGAAAAGAUAACCUUUAUUAUUAGUCCCACACGUGGGAAAUUUGUUAGCAAUCAAA